UUAGAACACAUUGUCCCUUAUUAAUCUGACACUUGUUUGCAGAACUGAAUUAUGUUGGAUUCUUAGAAAUGGACUCAGAAAUCAAGGAAGAAAUUCCUGUCUGUGAGGAAUUCAUUUUAUGUUGUGGAGCUGAAACCCAGGUUCUAAAAUGUGGGCCCUGGACUGACCUCUUCAAUGAUCAAAGUGCCAACAAGCCUAAGCUGCUCAUUUUCAUUAUUACUGGUAACCCAGGUUUUUCUGCCUUUUAUGGGCCAUUUGCAAAGGCUUUGUACUCUUCAAUGAACAGACGCUUUCCAGUGUGGGUUAUCUCUCAUGCUGGGCAUGCCGUGGCCCCCAAAGACAAGAAGAUUCUUACAAACUCAGAUGAUCCAAAUGCUCAAGAAAUUAAGGACAUCUAUGGACUCCGUGGUCAAGUAGAACACAAGCUAGCUUUCCUGAGAACUCAUGUGCCAAAGGAAGUGAAACUUGUGAUCAUUGGCCAUUCAAUAGGCAGCUAUAUUUCCCUGCAGAUUUUGAAGCAUGCCCCUGAGCUCCCAAUAAUUCGCUCCUUUCUGCUGUUUCCAACAAUUGAGCGAAUGUCUGAGUCACCCAAGGGCAGGAUCAUCACUCCACUUUUGUGCUGGUUUCGGUAUGCUCUCUAUGUCCCUGGAUACUUACUACUUAAACCUUGGCCUGAGAAAAUCAAGUCCUUGAUGAUCAGAAUGGGCCUUCGAAUGAUGAACCUGCAGAGUGAAUUUUCGUUCCUGAGUGUGUUGGAACCAUUCUGCCUUGUUAAUGUUGCCUACCUUGGGAGCCAAGAAAUGAUGGAGGUGGUGAAGAGAGACAACGAAACCAUAAGGGAACAUUUAUCUAAGCUUACAUUUUACUAUGGUACUGUAGAUGCCUGGUGUCCAAAAGAGUAUUAUGAAGACAUGAAGAAAGAUUUUCCAGAAGGAGAUAUUCGGCUCUGUGAGAAAAAAUUACCUCAUGCAUUUAUCUUAGGUUUUCACCAGGAAAUGGCUGACAUGGUAGCUGACUGGCUAAAGGAUGAUCUGUCCAAAAUAUAAAUACUGACACAAGGAAACAAGCACGGACAGCUAGUGUCCGUACAUAGAGGCAGUACAUAGAGGCAGUGUGUAUA